AUGUCGAAGACCAAUAUCUACCUUGAUCCACUGAACCAGGCUGUUGCGGAUGAGCUUGCUUCGGAGCCGCCGAUCGAAGAUCUAACCGUUAAGCAAUUCCGCGCGUUAUUCAAGCGGUUGCAGCAACACGAUCCUAUUCCGGGAGUAACGCGCACAAGCUUCACAGUUCCUUUUGAAGAUGGGGUGCAGGCCUUUGUCUUCAAGCCCAGCGGUGCAAGAGGCGACCUCCCGGUCAUUUUCUACCUCCAUGGCGGCGGAUGGAUCUUUGGCGACGCAGAGACAUACGAUAGUAUUUGCACCGAUUUAGCGUUGCAAACCGGGUUUGCGGUGGUAUUCCCGGAGUACACACUAUGUCCCGAAGCUCGUUACCCAACGCAGCAGGAGCAGUGUUAUGCUGUCGUGAAGUGGGUCUCCCAGCAUGGUCGAAGUAAAGGGCUGUCCCAAAGCGCCUUCGCUGUCGUCGGUGACAGCGCUGGAGGUCAAUUAGGGCCUGCUGUUACCAUCCUGUGCUCUACCCGGAAGCCAACCAUUCCUAUCCAGUACCAAGUCUUCCUCAGCCCAGUUACGGAUACGGUGACUAGCGACCGGGACACACCAAGUGAAUUCCGCUUCUUCAAUGGUCCAUUCCUCACUGUACCUUUUAUGCGCAAGGUCAUCGACAUGUACAUCCCCACGCCAAAAGAUCGGACGUCUGAACUUGCGACUCCCCAAAACAUCUCGCCGGAGCACGCAAAGAAGCAGCCACCAACCCUUAUCAUCAAUUCCGCGGUAGACCCGCUAAGGGAUGACGGGCUUCUUUACGGCCAAAUACUUCAGGAAGCUGGGAUCGACUGUACUAUCAUCACGGCGCACGGGCAGUUGCACGAUAGCUCGGUCCUCGAAGCUACGAGGAAGGGUCCAACACCGAGAACGCUCGUGCUGUUGGUUGCGACGGAGAUCAAGAAUCGCCUUAUUGGAGUCAAGUCGAAGAGGAUACUUGAGGAAGCUGAAGAGCCUUCUAAAGUAGACCGUCAGCCCGCGAAGAAGCGCAGGAAGACCAGGAAGUCGUACUAA